UACUUGACAAGAAACUUUGUGAAUGGCGACCAGUUAACGACUACUGAACAAGGGAACGUAUUUCCUGAGUUAAAUAACUCAAUACAAAUCAUGGAUUCAGUUAAGACAGAGGCUGAAAAGCCUAGUGUUACCCUUCCUGCCCAAAAGAAGCCAAAGUUCGAUCAACUUCGAGCGGAUCACGAGAUGUUUCUCAAAGCGUUUGAGAAGCCGACACAGAUAUAUCGUUUUUUGAGGACGAGAAAUGCUGUUCAACCGGUGUAUUUGCACCGAACAUUGUCCUACAUGAAGCAUCUUAGAACACCAAGAAGACAACAUAGAAUGGAUUUCAAGGUGGAUAACAUGUUAGAGGUCGUAGAAAAAAGAGAAACGGAAGUGGAGAAUAAUAGCAAAUUAGAGGAGGGUGGCUACCUCAAUCUCACCUUCAGUAGCUUCUUCUUUGGAUCUGGUCCAGCCAAUGGUAACUUUACUGGAAGUAAAAAGAAAUCUAUGCUGGAGCAAGACCUUGUAAAUGCAGAAGUUUAUCUGGUCAAGAUAUCAAAUAAAAGGAAAAAGGAUAGCGAUGCUCACAUAGAUCAAACACUUCUUGGUAAGGUAGCCAUACCAUUCAAUCCCAACUCCCAACUGCUUCCAGCAUCUUCAUCUGGUAUCCUGUCAGUACCAAAUAGUAACUUUAAAGGAGCAAAAGGCUUCAGCAAGACAUUUAUCCUUACUAUCCAAAUAGCUGUUCCAUAUAAAGUACCUACCAAGGGUACUAAGAGAAGCAAAAAUGAUAAUAGCUCAGAUUCAAACGAUAUAGCAAACGGUAAUGAAAAACCAUACAAAGAAAACAGUGAACCUCCUGCUAAACGAGUAAGGAAUUCCAGCAUCGACGAACCUGCUGAAGAAGGCAAUAACUCCAAAAAGUCUGCAGACUUUGAAAUAGAAAAUAUGUUAUACACUGCUGAACUAAUUAUGUUCGAUAACAAGAGGAAUUGUUUGCUUACUGACGGGGACUAUGAGCUGGCAUUACAGGAAAAGUACAAGAGACCAGGAAGGAAGAGGGGGUUAUUGUCCAACAAAUCGUCUUGGGAAAAUAUCUUCAAAGGAAAUAUGGGUCCAUUUGAAGUCUUUGCAUAUGGCCCAACGAUUAAGUUCAAACUCUCAUGGUCCAGCGAUCCAGCCAUACCAUUAACACGACGACCAACAACCUUGCCGCUUAGGCCGACUCACACUAACCAGUCUACCGACAACAAUAAUACGACAGAAUCCAAUCGACAGCCUGCAGAGGAUGCUGGGAAUCCUAAAGAAGGGAAGAAACGACAAGUCAUUUAUUAUCAAUUUAUUUACAACAGUCAUACACGUCAGCAGACAGAAGCUCGGGACGAUUUUUUUUGUCCCUGGUGUUCUAUUAAUUGUAACGAAUUGUACAGCCUUCUAAAGCAUCUCAAACUAUGCCAUGGAAGAUUUAAAUUUACUUAUGCGCCUCACAACAAAGGUGCUUGCAUAGAUGUGUGUGUAAAUGAACACUAUGAUGGAUCAUAUGCCGGGAAACCUGAGGAAAUCAAUGACAUGAUGGGGUAUGCCUUCAGCCGUGAAGGCCCUUUGAAGCGAGUAUCCCAAACCCAGGUCUUACUCUGGAGACCGAGUCAAAGGAGAACAAGUUUGUCAGAGUUUUUAGAAACUGAUGACAUGGAAUACGAGACCAAUAGACCUUAUUAUAAUGGACACAAAAGAAUUUACUUCCAUUCAGCCACAACUUUACCUGGGUUUGCAGGUGAAGAUAAGGACAUGUCAGACAGCGAGGAGGAAGAAAAUCCAGAGUGGAUGAGGAUGAGAACAUUACAGAUGAUAGAUGAGUUCACUGAUGUUAAUGAAGGUGAAAAAGAACUGAUGAAACUAUGGAACAUCCACUUAAUGACAAACAGUUUUCAGUCUGACUCCCAAGUCUUCAAUGCCUGCUGUUGUUUUGUUGAAAACAAUGCCCAAGAAAUAGUCAAAAAGAACCUCAAAAGAAACUUAAUCCUGCAUCUAGUGAACUUAAAUGACUUUGAUCUGAUUAAUGGAGGCCAGAUACAACACAUCAUCACCAAGUUCCAUGAGAGAAUCUUUCAGCUUUCUCAACCAACUACUUCAGAGUAAAAACUUUGUUUAUCUGGGAUUAUUUUGGUUGAAAUGCAAAAUUUUUUUGGUUCCUUGAUCCAUACUAUCAUUGAAUAUUAUUUACAGUCAAAGGACAUGAAGUGUGCCCAUCUAGAAUGCACUAUUCAGUUCAUUAUUCGAUUUUUGACAUCAUUCUUCGUUUUUUUAAUAUUCCGUAAUUAUUUUCAAAAAUCAUGAAUGAAAUCCGAUUGCAAGGCUUAUCACAGGCUUUAGGGAAUUCUUUGCUUUUUGAUGUGAGAAAUAUUUGUGAACAAAUCAAUGACUUUCAAAUACCCACAUUUCCAUUCUGUUUUGCCGUGUUCAUAAUCUUUACAUCAAUUAACUGGAAUUUUGUCCUUUUUCGGCACCUUUUUCAUCGGUUUAAUUGAUCAAAUAAAUUUUUGAGCGAGUAAAAAAGUCUAAGCAAACAGGUAGAGCGUCAAUUUGAAUCGAAGCAUUAAAUAGCUAACACUUGUUUUCUGGGUUAAACUGGCUAUUUUUACUUCGCAAUCCUAAUAAGGUCACAAUCUCGCAUUCCUAACAUUGAUCAGCAACUGUAUAACGGUUAAUUCACGAUUUUUAAGUCUUUUUAACCAUUUGAGAUUUAAAAAAUAACGGAGUUAUCUAUUUUAUGUAUUGUGUUUAGACAUUUUGAUUGAUUUGAAGUUGUGAGGGUUUCGUUGUGAGAGACAAAUCUGCGCAAUCGCUGGCCCGUAAAAAUGAGACAGCCCAAAAACUUAUUUCCAAUCGUACAUUGAAGAAUUUCAACAAAAUCUAUUGUCUUUAAGAUCAUCAGCUCAAACAGAUUAACGUUUUUUUCUAUCAGUUAUGCUAUAAAGUAAUCUAAUCAAAUUUCCAAGUCUGGAUUUAAAUUUGAUUUCAUUCUUGGAAGAUUGGAACAACAAAAAAUAUUUUUAUGGAUUGAAUAAUGCAGUCUAGCUGGGCACACUUCAUGUCCUUUGACUGUAACUCGUAAAUAAUUCUUUGCUACACAUUUUUUAUGUCAUUAAUAUGCAUUUAAUGGUGUCAGGAAACUGGACUUAUAACGACACUUGAAAAUUACAGUAGGUUGAAGUUAGAUCAAACAUUUAGUUAUUGCACCUUAGUUGAUUUAUUUUGCCGAUAGAAGUGCCACUGUGUAUAUUUACUUUUUAUGGAAUUUGUUUUCCAUUGGUUGGAUAGUUUGAAGGUUGCAAAGGUCAUCUUUGUGGUUUCUUGUGAUGUACAACACAAGAGUCUAAUAAAUUCAACUCGGUACAGGAAUGAAUUCAUCAUCAUUUUUUCCCAUUUUGCGUGUUUCUGGCCUUCUUGGCAUGGCAGGAAUCUUGUGUCCUGCAGUCACAUAAAGUCAGGUGUCUUGAUCAUCAUUCUUCUAGCCUGUUGGGUGUCUAUACCCAUCAGGGAUUCAUUCCUAGUCCAUAACAUCCUUGAUGUUCUACUUUCAAACAAGAGUCUAAUACCCCAUUCACACCAAGGCUUAAACAUGUUUUAAAGUGGUUUAACUAAACAGGCUAAAACUAAUACCCCAUUCACACCUAGGCUUAAACAUGUUUUAAAGUGGUUUAACUAAACAGGCUAAAACUAAUACCCCAUUCACACCAAGGCUUAAACAUGUUUUAAAGUGGUUUAUCUAACAGGCUAAAACUAAUGCCCCAUUCACACCAAGGCUUAAACAUGUUUUAAAGUGGUUUAUCUAAACAGG